CUAACUUUCUUGCGGGAAAACGUUUGAUGCGGAGACCGUUAGGUAAACCAUAGAAACCAAACUUGUUGUUAUGGACGCCCUCAUAUUUACACCAUGUUGUGUGCAUCAGCUGAAACAUUUAACAACGGUUAUCUAAGUGAUCCUGUCUAGAUCGUUCUUUUUUUAUGGAUGAGAUAUAAAAAUGUCAGGAAAAGGUCGAAAGGAGACAAGAUUUUCUUUAAAACGAAAAAGGAGGUACGUCCAUUAAGACGAAGAAUUAAAGAAAACACUCAGUAGCCAUGGGAAAGCACCACAUAAUGCUGUCUUACCAGUGGAACAAACAGGAUCUGGUGGAAAAAGUGUAUCACGGCCUACGUGAACACGGGAUAGAUGCUUGGAUGGAUACUCACGGUGGAGUCACGGGGAACAUUAAUGACAGCAUGGCCAAGGGAGUGGAUGGAGCGGCCGUCGUCUGCUGUUUCAUGUCAGCGGAUUAUUUCGGCUCAAAGAACUGCAAAAAGGAAUUGAAUUACGCAGACGCUCAAUCAAGAGCCAUUGUCCCUGUGAUGUGCGAGAAAGGGUUUAAAGCGACAGGCUGGUUAGGUGUUAUCACUGCUGGGCUUCUGUGGGUCGACUUUAGGGAGGGAACUGUAUUCAAGAAUUCACUCGAGUCCCUAGUUAAGGAGAUAAUUAAUUCCCUGGAGUCUGUGCCCGUAGAUGAUAUCAAGCUGAAUCCCUCGGAGAAGCCAAAAGCACCUGUCGCGAAUGCUCCAAAAAUCGAGAUAAAAAAGAAACCUGGACGAGCCUUCCAACACAAACUCACUGGAAAAUUCUUGGCGGAGUCAGGCCAGGUGAAGUUUCACCCAGCAAGUGGCAACCGCAGCACUUUGGUUAUGAGAGACCGAGCUGAGGAUACAAGCUACUGGGUCGAGGAAAAGCAGCCCAAGUCAGAGAUUCAUUUCUUCAAAAAUUACGCUACCAAUGGAUAUCUAGGAUAUGACCCCAACGGCGAUUACAUCUACACCAAGGGUCAGCAUUAUGGAGCAGAGGAAUGGGUUCUAAAGGCUGAUGACAAAUCCACAGACGGCCUCCGGGCGGUCGUGCUGUUUGCAAAUUAUGGCAAGAAGUACUUGGCAAUCAGGAAUGGGAAGCUCACUGGAGUAGCACAGUAUUCUCAAGACUGUGUUUGGAUUUUGGAUUAAGAUAAGUUGACGCAUCAGUCGACUCGGUCAGCGCUGUUACAAAUAAUCAAUGUGUACGUAGUGACAGUCGAAAGUUGCUAAUUGAGAGCCCAGAUGCAAAUUAAAGGAGUUGUUUACAACAAAUGUUAAA